AUGCUGCACGACCCUGACUGGAAGGCAACAGUCAUCAUGUCGAAGAAGUCCGGCUUCGACCCGCUCAAGCUGCUCUCCGAGAUUCGUGCCGAACCAUCCUCAACAGCCGGGCCCUCAACGCGCAAGCAAGAUGAAGAGCCGGACGACGAAGACGACUUUAUGUCAGACCGAUACCUCCCCACGAGCGAACCCAAGCAGGCACUGACAUACACGGACAAGCGGCGCAGACUCGAUGCCCACCAUUCCCGCCGGGAUGCACCAAAGUCGCUCAAGCAGAGGGAAGAGGAGGCGCGCGAGGAGGGGCUGGAACGGGAUCUGUUGGCCGAAGCGGAGAUUGUGGCUGGUGGAGGAGUGUUGCCGCCCGAAGGAAAGGAUGGGAUGAGAAGGUGGGAUAGAUUGGAGGAGAGCGAGAAGGGGCAGAUAAGUGGUACAGUGAGGGAAGGGGAGGAUGGUACGGCCAAGGCGAUGAGGAUGAUGCUAGCUAUGGGGUAUCGACGUGGUGAGGCGCUGGGGAAGCGAAGGCAGGAGCCUUCUCGACCUGACGGUGGGGUGGCAGCAGAGGAAGAAGAGGAGUCAGAUGACGAAACAGUCGGCAGAGCUGCGCUUACCGACACGAAGGCCGCAUCGGCUGCAGAGACCGCGCAGCGCAACCCGCCCGACGACACCGACCCCGAAUCGCUCGAUACAGACGAAGAGCAAGCGCUCGAGCAGGACCGACGCGCCUCGCAAGCCCGAGAAGAGGACGAGUACUUGGCCGGUAGCUCCUCUGCUGCACCUCCCACCAACACACUCAUCAGGUCAAAGCAAACCGAGCCGCUGCGACCAGACCAACGAUGGUUGGGGCUCAACCGUCGAGCCGGCAUUGGCCUCAUCCCGAAAACGUCCACCAACAUCUCUGCUGCCAUCCUCGCCAAGGCCUCCUCUCAGCCCACAUCCGAGCAAGCCGCGACAGACGACUUCCGCAACCGCAUCUCGCGCCAACACCAGCAGCGGCAGGACUUCGCCCUCCUCGUUCGAGCACGCAAGACGCUGAUCCAACUCGAUCAGGCCGCGGGUACCCAAUACAACCCCUUGUGGCUCGACGGCGAGCUGUACCACGUCCUGUCCGGCCACACACCGAGCCCAGCAGACGCAACAACGAUCGACGAGAAGAUGCAGAGAGACGCAGCCUUCAAGGAGGCCGUAGAGCUGCUGCAGCUCGUGUUUGGCUCGGAGGACGCGGAACGGGUGAAGGAGGCCAAGUUGUUUGUUGAGUUGGAGACCCGGGCGCAGUUGGAGCUCGUCUUGGAGGAUCUGAGAGGCAGGCAUGCGUAUUGUCUCUUUUGCGGCUGUCAGUAUGCAGACAAGGAGGACAUGGACAAGAGCUGUCCUGGACUGGAGGAGGACGACCAUGAUUGA